CAAAAUAAUUUCAUAUUUAAUGUAAAUUAGUCAUUGUUUCUAUCUUUUUCUCUCAGGCGUCGACUGCAAGCUGUGGAGCUAUUACUCUCUCGGGGCAGCAAUGUCAACGAGAAGGCCAUGUUCGGCAAUACUCCUCUCCAUUUGGCUGUAAACUCAUCUACGGAAUGGACAGAUGGUGUGAAAGCUAUAAUGAACCAGAGCGCUGUUGAGGUGAAUCCUCGAAAUGAAGAUGGUCAAACACCGCUGCACUGGGCCUGUGAUCAGGGAUACUUGCACACUGUCGAUCUUUUGUUGGGUCACAAUGGCAUCGAUGCCAAUGUGGUAGACAACGAUGGAGACACACCACUGCAUGUGGCAGUUCAGCAGCGAAAAUAUAUAGUGGUGUGUGCGAUGCUGAAGCAGGAUUCGGUGAAUUUAGAAAUUGUGAACAAAGAAUAUAGGACACCAUUGCUUGAAGCUGUCUCGGACGGUCACCUCGGAAUAAUGCAGCGGCUGAUAGCCAGGGGCACGAAUGUAAAUGUUGUUGAACAUGGAGGAAAUAAUUGCCUGCAUCUGGCGUUAAAAAGAAAAAACAACUUUCAUUCUGAGGUGGAGCACAUGACCAUGUUAGAUCAGUUCUGCGUAGAGCUGAAACUGGGAAACGAAGAAAGGUGCUCUGGUGUGGUAGUUGCCAGCUACCUAGCCCACCACGGGGCCAACUUUUACUGUAAAAACAAAAGUGGCAGAACACCAUUGGACCUAAUAGAAAAGGAAAAUUUAAAAAAGAUGUUAAAGACGUUAUUCUCACCGCACCAUGGUGGAGGAAGACGCAUGGAUCAGGCACUGAAGGGACCAAUCAGAUGUGUGUUUUGUGAAGACGAAGUGGCCACAGAGACGUUCUUUCCAUGUAAACAUCUUUCGCUGUGUAAGAAAUGCUGUCCCCAAAAGAUACCUAAACGAUGCCCUAUGUGUAGACAGAAUAUAACGAGCAAAAAUAGUUUGGAGGGUCCAAAGUCGUCAAAGCCGGAAGUCCAGAUGUUGGCAGAACCACCUGUGAAUCGAACAUUUGAAGUCAAGGAAAUACAGAAAUUGACUGAACCUGUUGAGGCUCCAACGCAUGGGAAAUUCUCGAAGGUGUCAGAGCCUACAUCCUCUACAACAAAGCCAGUUGAGUCUCCAGUGUUAGAUGAAAAGUUUCUCCAAGAUGUCGCACAAAAUUUAGGAGGAAAAUGGCAACAAGUCGGAAGAGAAUUAGGAAUUAAAACUGUUCGAUUGGAAAUCAUCAAAAAUGACAAUCCUCUUGACACCGUUGAACAAAGCUUCCAGAUGCUGCGGAGAUGGUUUACAACUUGUGAUCCAGAGACGCGAACACACAGAACACUCGGAGAAGCUCUUGAGAAAUUUGAGUGUUUCGAUGCACUCGAAUGUCUACCUCAUAUGAUGUAAAAUUUUGUGUAAAUAAUGUAAUUGUCUCAUCCGAGGUCAAUCGCGACCAAGCAGAGACCUAUAAUCAAAUGUCUUCUAGCCUCUAGCCAGGGCUCUCCUGGCUUUAUCCUUAAUGUAGAGAACCCAGAACCACGUUGUCCUAUCUGUCCUUCUUUAAAGUGAUAAUUGUGAAUUGAGGAGGAUUUAGGUACUAAUUCUAGCAGAUCUCUCUACCAUAUAACAUUACCUUACUGGUUUGGCUCCUUUCUUCUUAAAGAUUAACUUCUGAAAUAAAGAUAAACUUUGAAAUGUUCAUUUA